CUGAAACCUCAGACCUUCGAUACAAAGAAUAUCUCCAACAAAAAACCCCACCGGUUUGGAGCAUCAGCCUGGAGAUAGCCAUCGGCCUGAAUUAUUGCUGCCUUGGAGAAGGAUUGCGCAGGAAUCCGACAUACUGCAGGCAACCAAUCAAGCUGGAGCCUGUUCCGCCCUUGGAAGUGGGGCUACGCCCGAUCAGAGUACAUUAGAACGCGGGGUUCAAGCCACUGGGCUGACUUCUCGCAAGGCUAGAGUGGAAACGUUUACUCAACUCAGAGUCGGAAUACCUGAGAGGCUGUGCAAGUCAUACAUUCUCAAGGUUUACUGAUAGAAAAGCGCUGUUCUCACUUCGAAGCAGUACAAGCGAAGCGACACCAUCCAAGGAGACUCCCAACAAAAUGCCAGAUCCAUUAUCUCAAGUUCGUGAACGUCACCAUCAAGAUCUGGUCGAAAGCAAAGGGACUCAAGGCCCUAGAAAUGCAGCUACUGCAGAAAACAACUCCAUCACGCGGAAACCAACAAACUCGGAGCAGAAAGUGUCGAGCAAGCAGAACCCUGCUGGUCUGCCACGAAACAAAUCUGCUCCACAGCAUGCACACCGUCAACCCGAGACUAAAAGCCGAGCUAGUCAGCCCAUGCCACCAUCGAUACCCCCAAGAAGAUCAAAGGCAAACGAGGAAGGGCACAUAGGAAAGCAAAAGCAAGCAAAUCCAAAGCAAGCAAGUCCAAAGCAAGCAAGUCCAAAACAAGCAAGUCCAAAACAAGCAAGUCCAGAUGUUGAACAACGACCCAAGGCUCAAAGCUCUCAACAUGACGGAGAUCCCGCUCAGUUCAGGAGACUUAAUACUCAGAGCCGUGGAGAGAUAGCACACAAAAAACAACUCUCCAAAGAAAGACUUGAUGAAAUUUCAAGACCCAAACACAUCACGCCAAAGAAGGUUGACGUGCAGAAGGGCUCCAGGCCACAGACGGAGCGAAAGGCGGCGAGACCUGCUACUGAUCAGAAAGCUAUGGCGAAGCAAAGAGCAGUCGAACUUCCCUUCAACGAUCAAUGGACCAAGUCCAAAAUAGAGAGAGAAGAAGAGAUUCGCGGGCCUCCAGGAAUGUACGUUCAGAGAAUUGAACAGAAUGUUCCAUCUUUCGAUGCUUUCUCCGGACUGACAUCAUUUCUUGGAUGGGAUAACAAACGUCAACAUGCGAUGGAAAUGGAAAUCAACAACUUGGAGAAGAGGCUUUGGCAUUCGCAGAAAAAGAACGAGGAAUUGAAAUACAACAUGUCCGAACUCAGUCAGACAAAUGAUGCUUUGCAGGAUGACCUCCGCAAGGUUCAACAGAAAUCUUUCAACCAAAUGACAAAGUCGGCAUGGACUCCACUGGAGGAUCGGGCCAUUCAGGAGGUACUGGAAGAGAUACAUCAAGACAUUGAGGCGUGGGCAGAGGAUAACUGCGUGGAAUCAUUCGACGAGAUAAAGGGAUGUCUUGAUGAGACUCAUCAAGCCGCACUUCUCGAGAUUUGCAAGAACGUGGCAGAUGUCACACAGGAUGGCCUUGGCGCUCAAUUUCAAUGGUGGGAAGAAAGAGAUGUCGACCCUAUUUUGCUUCUGACCGCACUUUCAACGUUCCAGAUGUACUCAUGUGUCUUCAACAACGAAUUUUUGGCCAUGGAAGUGAUUGUUGAAGACUCCAUGGGCACCAUGGUUGAUGUUUAUCGGAAGCUAGCGGAACUUGACUCGAAACAAGCCCAUGUAUGGCGAUCCCAAUUGAUGCGGAUCAUUGUUGGCACGCCACGUUCAAGUGGGAGAUUCGAUGGUAUCAGCUCGGAAGUAGAUGUGUCCGACUUCAUCAAACGGUAUUGUGCUGGUCUGAUUGAGGAGUUUGAGGAACGUCCCGAGGCAGCAUUCUUGAAAACGAAACUCUCAGUUGAGAGUCGAGAGAGUUUGUUGGGCUGCUGGACUCGAGCCGCAGAAGUAUUUGCACAACUGCAGACUCAGGUGGCUAAGGUUCAGUGGUCUGCAAAUGAACAUCUGCGUUCGACGGUGAAUCCGCGGUAUGUCGAGUCGCAUCGUUCUCAGGCAUUUCCCAAGGGGAGAAAUGAUGGAAAGGCCAUCAGUCUUGUUAUCAGCCCCAUGGUGGUGUUCUUCGGCAAUGAAGAUGGAGAGAAGUAUGAAGUCUGGAGAGCAGUUUGCAAGGCCACAGUUCUUGUAAUUGAAGAGGAGAUUGAGAACGAAGAAACAGAAGAAGAGAGUGAAGGACAAGCAAGUGAAGAAGAGACUGAAGAAGAAACUUCAGAGGACAAGUUGCCUGAAGAGCAGGUAGAAGAAGAGCUGUGAAUGUAGAUAGGAACAAUUGAUAGAGGC